AUGAAUCAUCUUGUUAAAAAGAAUGAAGUUGGAGUUGAAAUAGAGAAAUACUAUUACCAAAAUGGUAUUGACAUUGCCAAGGGUGAAAAUAAGAUAACAAUUUGUUGCUCAAACAUGAAUCAUCUUGAAAUAAGUGUUAAAAAGAAUGAAGUUGGAGUUGAAAUAGAGAAAUAUAUA